CUGAAGUCUACACACACAAAAAUAUUUCAUUUUCUCUCGGAAAGAGGGGUCGAUCUCUUCAAGUUUUGCGCGGUGAAAAUUGAUUUAUUUUCUCGCGUUCUUCUAUCAAACUUUUUUUUCGUUCAAUUAAAAAGGCUCGAUGGCUUGUCGUUCCGAGUUACGAUAAUAGUUUGAAACUGGACUUGAAUUUUUUUGGAAUGUUAACAUUCCUCAAAAAAUAAAUAAAUACUUGCCUCAAAAUUAAAUUGGGUUUUUCUUCUUUAGAAAAAUAUUUCUGAUCUAAAAGGUGAUGAGUUACUCCGAAAAUUUAACUUACCAAUGGACACUUUUAUGUUUUUUGGGUCUUUUCAAUGAAUACAUGUUGGUGUGGUCACGAGACGCUGGUGAAAAUUACUCUUUGAGAAGUCAGUACAUUUCGCGAAUGUGGUCUGAUUGGACCCCUUGGUCAGUCUGCAGCAGGACAUGCGGAGGAGGUGUUAGACAACGCAACAGAUCUUGUAAAGCAAGAAUGGUUGGAUAUAGAACUUCAGACAAUGCGUGUGUAGGAGAUACUGUAGAAUACGAGCUAUGUUCGAGACAUGCUUGUUCGCCGUCCGAGAAAGAAUUCCUGGACUACCAGUGCUCGCGGCGAAAUGGUCAAACAAUAGCUGGUAAAAGAAUCGAUGAAUGGAUACCAAAUCGAUAUGGUAGGAACCCUUGCGAGCUGCAGUGCUGGUCCAAAGACAGGUCCCUGAUGUACAGCUUCGGGAAAGUGAUCGACGGCACCCCCUGCCCGGCUUCAAAUCCCAAAGACCCGGCUCUAUGUGUCAACGGUAGGUGCACGCCUGUUGACUGCGCUGGCUACCUCGGAACGGACAACCGACGUGACCAGUGUGGCGUGUGCCGGGGAAAUAAUUCUACUUGCGUCAAAUACCAAAACACAUUUUGGAAACGCCCAAGGAACGCCCUCAACACCGAUGGGAAGAAAGAUCGCCAUUACGAUUACAACGAAAUCUUCACUAUACCAGCUGAAGCUACCCACAUUGUGGUAUCCGAAGCAAGCGACACAAAUUUCCUCGCUUUAAUGGACCUAAAAACAAACUAUUUUGUGAACGGGAACUGGCGAGUACAAUCUCCUGGUCGAGUCUUCAUCCACGGGGCGGAAUUCAUGUACAACAGGACAUGGGACGGACGAGAGCGCCUGUCUUCUGAAGGACCCACAAGACUUCCCUUAAGAGUUCUGGUAUUAGGCUCUGGUGAAAUACCAACAGUACACUACGAGUACUGGAUUUCCACUAGCAGUCCUAGCUCAAACUCUCUUUAUCAGUAUUCGUUACUUCCCGCAAAAACUCCAGAAUCUCAAGCCGAACAUUCAUAUCUUUCACAAACUCAUCAGCCAUUAGAUAACACCAUUGAGGAUUCUUCUCAGACUAAUUUAGUACCCGUAACCAAAUUUCAAGGGUAUAAAUCUUACUACCACAGAAAUGAAGUUCUAAAAUCUGUUCCAUCAUGGAGUAUUAAGAGGCAUAAAACUUUUAAUAAACACCCAUUAAGGAGCGGACCGGUGCUAAAUACGAAAUUCGAAUCAAGUUCAAAUAAAUGGCACAGCAAUAGAACACUCAACAACCUGCUCCAUCUGGAGAGUCCCAGUAAAACAACAGAUGAAAAGCAACAAAUAAUUCCAUCACCUGGAUUUCGUUACAAUACAUCUGCAACUGUUUUAUUUUCGAACAGAAGAAGCUCUCCUGAAACAACAACGCAAUACAUCCAUGAUAUUGGAAGGCCAAAUGUUACAUCUGCUUUCACCAGAUAUAAUCACGUCGUAGUUCCUGAUUACGACGGCAGAGAAAGAAAAAAGUCUGUUGCCAGCAAUUUUGUGGUAAAAAAUAAGAACGAACGCAACGGCAAAAAAGAACAGAAAAAAGAAGAUUUCUGGAAUAAAAAUGCUGACGAUAUUCGAGCCAAGAGAAAAAGGAAAUCGCACUUUAACGAAUGUCUUCCAUGCUCAAGAGUCAAACAUCAAGUUAAAAAUUUCUGCCUAAGUGAUUUUGCAUUACGAGCCAUUGUGCUGGCAACAGAGAAGCAGCAGCAAGGAAGACGAAUCGAACUAGAAGUUCUGCGCUCAUUCAAAAAUAAAGUUCCUAUCUUGCCUCGCGAGUACAUCUGGACACUGGACAACUGCCAGUGCCCGAAACUUCGCGUCGGAAAAGAAUAUAUACUGAUGGGACAUUCCAGCAUCGUAGGAGGAAAAAGAGAAAGCAAGCUCAUUAUAGACAGAAAUUCGUUUGUUCGAAAGUAUUCCCAAAAACGAGCGAAAAACAUGCUAAGGUUAGUACGAGAUAAAGAAUCGGCAUGUAAAAAAUUUGGACUUAGAAUUUAAAAUUAAAAAAAAAAAUUAGUUAAUCUUUCGCUCAACAUUUCAUUUCAGUAGCGCUAAAUAUGUGUCGCCCAUAGAUCAUACUAACAAUGUAUAGUAUUAAAUAAAAUGUG